CCAUGGAGGAGUGGGAGUAUAUAGAAGGACACAAGGAUAUGUACGAAGAGGCCAUGAUGGAGGCUCCCCGGCCUCUGACAUCACCAGAACAUAAAAGAGAGAACUCUGGAGGAACCUUCAUUUUAUCACUAGAUCAUAUAGUAGAAGAUGAAGAUAUCGGGCAGCGCUCUUCAGGAAUAAACCUCGUUACCUGUAAUGUACAUCCAGGACUUCACAGAACAGAUCUGUCAUAUAAUGCUUCUAAUUAUAAGGAACCUUCUCCUGACCAAUCACAGAUUGUUACCACAAGUACCGGGCAGAAAGGGGGUAAAAGAUUUCAGUGUGUGGAAUGUGGAAAAAAAUUUACACAUCGUUCCGGUCUUUUUGCUCACAGUAGAAUGCACACAGGAGAGAAGCCAUUUUCAUGUUCAACAUGUGGGAAAUGUUUUAUAUAUAGAUCAAAACUUGUUACACAUGAGAAGUUUCACGCAGGAGAGAAGCCGUAUGCAUGUUCAGAAUGUGGGAAAGGUUUUACACAAAAGUCAGAUCUUAUUACGCACCAGAGAAUUCACACAGGAGAGAAACCAUUUUCAUGUUCAGAAUGUGGGAAAGGUUUUAUUACUAAUCACCACCUUAAACUUCAUCUGCGAAUUCACACAGGAGAGAAACCAUAUUCAUGUUCAGAAUGUGGGAAAUGUUUUAAUGAUAAAUCACGUCUUCAUACACAUGAAAGAACCCACAGAGGAGAUAAGCCAUUUAAAUGUUUAGAAUGUGGGAAAUGUUUUAUACAUAAGUCGGAUCUUGUUGCACACGAGAAAAGUCACACAGGGGAGAAGCCAUUUUCAUGUUCAGAAUGUGGGAAAUGUUUUAUCACCAAAGACAAGCUCAAGCUUCAUCAGAAAAGUCACACAGGAGAGAAGCCGUAUUCAUGUUCAGAAUGUGGGAAAUGUUUUAUGCAAAAGUCAGACCUCAUUACACAUGACAGAAUUCACACAGGAGAGAAACCAUUUUCAUGUUCAGAAUGUGGAAGAUGUUUUAUUACUAAACACCACCUCAAGCUUCAUCAGAAAAUUCACACAGGAGAGAAGCCAUAUUCAUGUUCAGAAUGUGGAAAAUGUUUUACAGAUAAAUCACGUCUUCAUAAACAUGAAAGAAGUCACAUAGGAGAGAAGCCAUUUAAAUGUUUAGAAUGUGGAAAAUGUUUUACUCAUAAGUCAGAUCUCAUUGCACAUGAGAGAAGUCACACAGGGGAGAAGCCCUUUUCAUGUUCAGAAUGUGGGAAAGGUUUUAUUUCUAAACACAACCUCAAGGUUCAUCAGAGAAUUCACACAGGAGAGAAGCCAUAUUCAUGUUCAGAAUGUGAGAAAUGUUUUAAUUCUAAACACAGCCUCAAGGUUCAUCAGAGGUAUCACACAGGAGAAAAGCCAUAUUCAUGUUCAGAAUGUGGAAAAUAUUUUGCUAAUAAAUCAGAUCUUGUUAGACAUGAAAAAAAUCACACAGGAGAGAAGUGAUGUUGAUUCCCUAUA